CUCUAAUUGAAGACUGCUGUUACUGGGGCAGGGUUGCAAAAGGUUGCUCAACAAACCAUUUUUCCUAUUGCAAUCAACAAUGUGAGCGCUUGCAAGCCAUGAAGAAUAUUGUGCUGGUAGAACCCACCUGUUUGCACUUUCCAAACCAGACAAUCUAAUAGUGAUCAGGAGUAGGUAUCUGAUCUGAAUGUUACCUCUCCCUCGUCCAUUCGGUUCAGUUGCAGCCCUUCGCCUUUCCGCCUAAAUGCACCUUUAGCUGAGAUCAGUUAACUCCAGCACAUAUUGAGAAUGCCAUACAUCCUUCUGGUCUGUAUGGCUUUGUGCCCCUCUGGGCAGUGCUUUGUCCCAUUGAGUUAUCCAGGAACCUUUCCUUUUGAGCAACAGUAAAUUAAUCUGGUAAUUAUAAAGUUUCAUAGUAAAGCAUUAAAAGUUCUUAAAGUCUUGCCAAAGCAUAACUUCAGUCCUGUUGAAUAAUAAUAAUCCUUACAUUUGAUGUUGUGAUUUCAGGUCAGGAGGACGUCGCAAAGAGCUUCACAGGAUAUAUUGUAAAAUGGAGUGACUGUGUUUUGUGGGUGAGGGCUAUGCUUCAGUACUGAACUGCACAAGACCCUAUAAUCUACAUGUGCAUGUGCCAUGUAACAGGAUUAUCAUGUAAACUGUUAAUGUUCUAUUACAUAAGAAAGUGCUGUGCAUUACAUUGAAAAUGAUGGUUUGUAAACUGCACUGACUGAUUCUCACCCACAAUGUUUGUUAAACAAUAACAGAUCUUCUCUGAACCUUCAAAAGAUUAUUUAACCGAACGACCCACGUCUCCUUUGCCAGUUGUGUUUGGAGCUAGCUUUCGGAAUUCUGGAGCUAAAGUGUGAUUAGUCUAUCAUGUCUUUGCUAAAUUUGUUUAUCAGUGAUACUGUCACGUUAGUGCUUAUUUUCUUGUUGUCUGUAUUUUGCGUGAUGUAUUUCUAUACUAGGUAUAAAACCAAAGCUGAUUUGAACCUUCCUCCUGGCCCGACUCCCCUGCCUUUGAUCGGGAACCUGCACACGCUUGACCUGAAAAUGCUGUACAAGAGUCUGAUGGAGUUAUCAGAGAAGUAUGGCUCUGUGUUUACCAUUCACCUGGGUUUGGAGAGAGUGGUGGUACUGACGGGUUAUAAGACUGUGAAGGAGGCUCUUGUAGACCAAGCAGAUGAAUUUGCAGAGAGAGCAAAGAUCGCUGUGUUGGAAAUGCAAGCAAAUGAAUAUGGUAUUUCCUUUGGACACGGGGAGUCCUGGAAACAAAUGCGAAGGUUUGCUUUAACAACUCUGCGCAAUUUUGGAAUGGGAAAAAAGACAAUUGAAGACAAAAUUAUCGAGGAAACAAAGUUUCUGGUUCAAGAAAUGGAAUCUCACAAAGGCCAGCCCUUUGAUACAGCUGUUAUUGUCACCUCUGCUAUGGCUAAUAUCAUCUGCUCUAUCGUUUUUGGAAAUCGGUUUGACUAUAAGGAUGAAAUAUUUCUUACCCUAACAGAGCUGGUAAACGAAAAUUUUAGGCUACUUGGAUCUUCCAGCAUCCAGAUGUAUAAUGCCUUUCCUAUUCUCGGAUUUCUCCCUGGAACUCACAAGAAAAUCUUUGAAAACAGAACACAGAUGGUUCAACUUAUAAUGAACUUCUGCAAAGAACAUCAGAAAAUGCUGAACGAGAAUGAUAUAAGGAGUUUUAUUGAUGCUUUUUUGGUGAAGCAACGAGAGGAAUCGAAAAACCCAGGUUGCUAUUUCCAUGACAUGAACCUGGUGACCUCAGUGACAAACCUGUUUGCAGCCGGCACUGAUACCUCAUCCUCUACGCUGCGCUGGGGAAUCCUCCUGAUGGUGAAAUACCCAGAGAUUCAGGGAAAAGUUCAGGAGGAAAUUGAAAGCGUAAUUGGAUCGGAGCGAUCACCCAGAAUGGAAGAUCGGAAGUACAUGCCAUACACUGAUGCUGUGUUGCACGAGAUCCAGAGGUUUGCAAAUAUCAUCCCCAUGAAUAUUCCACAUGCAACGACAAAGGACACACACUUGAGAGGAUAUUUUAUUCCAAAGGGAACACAGGUGAUUCCGCUACUUGCCUCUGUGCUGUACGAUAAGAGUCAAUGGGAAAAGCCAAAUGAGUUCAACCCAUCUCAUUUCCUGGAUGCUGAGGGAAGAUUUGUGAAGAAAGACGCCUUCAUGCCUUUUUCUGCAGGUCAACGGAUUUGCAUCGGGGAGAGUCUGGCCAAGAUGGAGCUCUUCCUGUUUUUCACAACUUUGAUGCAAACGUUUACCUUCCAUGCCCCGCUUGGGGCUCUCCUGGAUCUGACCCCCUGCGUUGGACUGACAUUGUGUCCGAAGCCCCAUCAAGUCUACGCUGUACGUCGCUAAUAUCUUCAGUGUGCUGCAUUUCACACUGAAGGUAUUAGAUUAUAAGACUUUACCUUGGUCCUGUACAUUCCAAAGAUCCGUGACAGUACUCCACAUGAAGGGCGCUGUGUAAAUACAAGUUGUUGUUUGUUUGGAAUGUCUGGGUCUGUUUCUUACUAAUUUUAAUCUGCAUUAUAAUAUAUUUUUGCUUUGAUGGCCAGUUCAUACAUUCGUGGCUUUGCAGGAAAUUGCAGUAACUGAUUAUGAGAGGCUGAGACGAAGAAUGCCCUUCACCCAUUUGAUCUCGUUUUUCUAGAAUACCCAUGCCACCAUCCUCCCAUUGCAACAUCAAGCUGUUUGUCAAAUGAGUCCAGUGCCUUCGCUUUCUGGUAACCCCAUUCCAGACAUUAAUUAUAAAUAAAUACUUUCUGCUAUCUA